AGCAUGAGGAGACUCAGUGAAAUGGAUGUUGGUAUUCCUGUGCCUCUACAUCUGCAACAACCUCUGUUCAUUGAGACCGACAUCACUUAUAAUCUGGAUAUGUCCAAAUUUCCGGGUCUGGAUGACCCACAACAAAUGUAUGAGCCGGCCCUCUUAAUUGCAUCCAACGAGAACCCUUGGAGUUGUACAGACGAGAGAGGAACUGUACCAGGGCAAUGCGACUCCCGAUUUGCUUCUCACUCUCACAGAAACGGCUAUAUGACCAACGACCAAGGCAGAUAUGUAGCAAUGAAUGAUUUUCAAUCCACCCUGAAUAAUCCCUCAAGCGAAAUGAUGCUUCAUACAACAGAAGAAUCUUCAAAGAUCCUUGAAGACGUACUCAGUGUGAUAGAUUCCUGUCCUGAAGGAUUACUUGACAAGCUUGUGAGUUCAACCAGUUCUUUCGACUACACAGCCAGCCGGAUACCUCAUUGUCCUUCUUAUCUGACAAAUGAACCGUGUCGUCCACCAAUGUACCCAGACAAUACACAACCUUUGUACUCGAACAAUGUCACGGAUUGCACCAGACAUUGGACGUACAAUACUCGCGUGUUUCCUUCAAGAAAUGCCGGAUUAACUCACAUCCCGGAUUAUGUUCGUAAUCUCUCUGCCUUGUCAUGUGUCAAGACUAACGCUUGUGUCAAACGAAAGCAUAGCAGUGAUGAAGAUGGAUCUGAUUAUGGGAAACGACGUUGUAAAGCUCUCCAGUCUAUGGGUGUGAUGUAUCACCAUGGUUACAAUGUAUCUUACGCAGGACAAUAUCAACCAUUCAAUGAGACAAUGUUCGGCAGGAGCGUCAUGACAUGAUGAUGUAUUGAGCUGUAUUUAUUGUUAUGAACCGUGCUAUGAACAUUCUUCUCUAAAUGUCUUUCACUACAGUCCCAAACCAAAAUGACCGAAUGUGACUGUCAUGAUAUGCUAAUUUACGUCAAUAGCCUUUUUGGCCAAUUAAAAUGUACAACAUAUUUGGUGUUCUUACAAUCUUACAUAUCUUGGCAUAUACAGUCAAACCGAUCUUUCUCACAAAUACUAGUACAUACCACGCGAUACAUAAUGCAAAUACCUGUCACGAAUUUUGUUCUUUUCUCACCUUAGUGCUCGAUGACAACUGCAAAACAGAUGAACAUAACAGAUCGGUAUCCGCUGUUUUUUCUUAUCACUUGACGAAUUCUAGGACUGGUAAAUUCCAAAUAUUUAUACAACGAUGAAAGUUUGAAUUUGGCGUUAUACAGUGUACCAGUAUUAUGGUUCACGAAAGCCUCUUAGCUCAAUGU